UGCUCGAAAGAGCAGUGCACAUCAACAACUGGCUGCCGCCGAAUAGAUUCGUGAAUUUCGUCUGAUACACACAUAACACUUUAGUGUUAUUACUUACGAAAGAUUUUUUUUCGACAUUCAAAUAUCAAUUUUAAAUCGAUUUGAGUUUAAACAGAGACUGUGUAUGAUAUCAUCAAUUUUGAUUUGCCUCAUAUUUUUAUCGAUUUUAAUAAAUUUUUGAUCAACCAACGAAUGAAUGGAUAACAAAUAUGCGUUGAAUCGCAAAGUAGUUCUAUUUGAUUUUGAGCAAUCAAAAAUUGUGCAGUUCAUGCGAAUGACAAGCCGAUUAGCUCUACAGUAGCUGGCGCCUGUGAGUGAAUGAAUUUUGAUGCAACAGUGAAGUUAAUUUUGUUCGAAACAUUCAUAAUCGCAAUUAUAAAAACAGCAAAGCGAUAAGAAAAUAUACAAUUACGAAAAUGCAUCAUUUUAUUAGAACUGAUUGUGCACUGUUGCACGCAGUGUGGAUUGUUGGUAUUAUAAUCGUUAGUGUUAUUGUGCCAUCGACAAAUACAUUUAAUUUGGAUACCUUCAAUUACAUUCUAUACAAUGGUGAAUCCGAUACGAUGUUCGGAUUCAGUGUGGCUUUACACAGAGAGGCGCAAAGAAGUUGGGUAAUUGUUGGUGCACCGAGAGCAAAUCUAUCACGAAUUCAGAGCGGAGUGUCACGAGGUGGUGCUGUGUAUCGCUGUGAUAUUUAUGCUGAUGAUCGAUGCCAUCUUAUACCAUUUGAUUCGGCUGGUAAUCAAGAAAACGAAAAAGGUGAACAAAUCGAUACAAAAGAUAAUCAAUGGUUUGGAGCGACAGUUGCAAGUGCUGGUAUAGAUGGUCCGCUAGUGGCAUGUGCACCACGAUAUGUAUUCCAUACGAUGCAACCGAGGAAAGUAGUGCGCGUUGAGCCGGUCGGAACGUGUUACAUGGCCAAGAAAAAUUUCCAAGAAUACACCGAAUACUCACCGUGUCGAACAAUGUUCUGGGGAUACCACAAACAAGGCUCAUGUCAAGCUGGAAUGAGUGCAGCUAUCACAAAGAAUGGUGAUCGUUUGUUCAUCGGAGCACCGGGCAGCUGGUACUGGCAAGGACAAGAGUAUUCAAUCAAUACCGAUGCUAUAUUUCCAUACAAGCCACCACGAUACGGUCAAUAUGGCGAAGGACAAUCAUAUUCGUUCAGUUUAAAUAAUCCAAAAGACAAAGUGUGGGCAACGCGUGAGAGUACAGCAGCCGAAGAUGAUUCGUAUCUGGGUUAUUCUUCGAUAACCGGUGAUUUCACCGGUGAGGGUAAUCAAGGCGUUGCCGUUGGUAUGCCACGUGGCGGUGGUUUGUUGGGCAAAGUUUUGAUUUUCUCAUGGAACAUGACCAAUCAACUAAAUAUCACUGGCGAACAGAUUGGCGCCUACUUUGGUUACUCAUUGGCUGUUUGUGACGUAGACGGUGAUCAUUUGGAUGAUUUAAUUGUCGGCGCUCCAAUGCAUACCGAACCAAACAACGAAGGCAAAUAUGAAAUGGGCCGUGUUUACGUCAUUUAUCAGGAGAAAUUUAACAAGUUCCAAAACUUGGAGACUCGUGAUGGUUUGAAUUCACGAGCAAGAUUUGGUCUAUCAUUAACAUCACUGGGUGAUAUUAAUUUAGAUGGAUUCGGCGAUUUUGCCGUUGGCGCACCGUACGAUGGUCCAGAAGGUCGAGGUGCUGUUUAUAUCUUCCACGGUUCCAAGGAAGGUGUUCGAGAGAAACCGUCGCAGGUCAUUUUUGCCGAGGAUAUAGCUGGAUCCGGAUAUAUGAGCACAUUUGGUUUUUCAUUGUCGGGUGGUAUCGAUCUCGAUGGCAAUCAAUAUCCGGAUUUAGUGAUUGGCUCCUAUGGUGCGAAUAAAGCAAUUGUUUUGAAAUCGCGAGCAGUUGCUGUGGUUAAAGCUGAAACAACAUUUGACGUGCCAUCAAAAUUGAUUAGUCUUGACGAUAAAAAAUGUAAAACAAUCCGUGAUAAUAAAGAAGUGACAUGUACAACGGUUAAAUCAUGUUUGCAAUACACUGGCAUCAAUCUGCCGAGUCAAAUUGACAUUGAUGUUUCUUGGAUACUUGAUGCGAAAAAGCAACGUAGUCCACGUUUGUUCUUCUUGAAUGAAGAAGGUAACAAUAUCCGAAAAUCCACAAUGCGAUUGAAUCGCGGUAAAACUGAAUGCCGUACCGAACGCGUGUAUAUUGCUGAUAAUGUUCGUGAUAAAUUGACACCAUUGGAAGUGGAAAUGCGAUUUAACAUGCGUGAAAAUACUCAACGAGCUGAACGUGUGUCACGUUCCGUUCUUGGACCGAUCAUUGAUCAAAAUCGUGGAACUAUUGAACGUGAUUCGAUUAAUAUUCAAAAGAAUUGCGGACCAGACAAUAAAUGUGUUCCGGAUCUUCGUUUGGAAGUGAAAACGGUCGAAACGUAUAUAUUCGGCUCAAAGGAUUUGCUUGUGUUUGAUGUCAAAGUAUCGAAUUUCGGCGAAGAUGCAUUCGAGGCUGGUUUCUUUAUGAACGUUCCGAAUGAUAUGAAUUUCCGUAAAAUUGAGCGAAUUGGCGAUAGUCGUGAUACACCAAUUACAUGUACAGCACCAUCGCCCGUCACAAAUCAUACGCUCAAAUGUGACAUUGGUAAUCCAUUGUCAGGUGGUAAAGUGGCCAAUUUUAAGGUGAUUUUAUUGCCGGCAACCAAAAAAGGAAUCGCACCAAAAUACGAUUUCUUCGUGGAAGCCAAUUCAACAAAUGCGGAAAAUGAAGGAACCGAAAGCGAUAACCAUCGUAAGAUAACGGUUAAAAUUAACGUUGAAACAAAUCUAACUGUCACUGGUGUAUCACCCGGUGAAGAGAUUUUGUACAAUGCCACCGAUUUCGUUGCAUUAGAAAAUGCAACGCAAGAAAAUCAAAUUGGCCCUCAAGUGGUUCACAUGUAUGAAAUUCGUAAUGGUGGACCGUCCACCAUUGAGGAGGCUGAAGUAUAUUUCAUAUGGCCAUAUGAAACGUUGUCAGGUGAUCAAUUGCUGUACUUAAUGAGCCAACCGGAGACAACACGAAAUGUAAAAUGUGAACUGAGCCAAUUUGUAAAUGUACGUGGUGUUGAAUUGGAUCGAUCAUUGGUGGCAAAAAGUUACUUGGUGAAUCAAGGUGCUGUUGAAAAAUCAAGCUUAAAUUCAGCCUCAUCAUUCCAUAGUACGGGCUAUGCAGUUGGCGGACAAAAUACACAAACAUUUACCGAAGAAGAAAGACGUCGUUUUGAAAUUGAAGAAAGUCUCAAUGCGACCGGUGACGCAUCGGAAAUUCAUAAACAACGUGCAAAUGAAGCAGCUCAAGAGCAAGGUGCCGGUAGCAGUGCAUAUCAUCAACAAUCGGGCACUUGGGGCUCAGGUCCAGCAACAUAUUCAAACCGAUUAAAUCAAUCGAAAUACAGCACACAACGAUAUGACAAUUCACAACAACGUUCGAAUCCAACUGUUUACAGUGCUGGCGCAUUUGGCAGCGGCAGUAGUGGUGUUCGAAAAAUUGAUGAUUUUUCAGCGGAAGGAAGCGUGAAUCAAGAUUUGAGCGGUACACAUUCACAUGGCCAAAGUCAAACAUCGCAAAGUGUACACAGCUCACAAAAUGAAGCAACGCAAAGUGCAACUGGUUCCACUGGCAGAAGACGUAUGAUGAGCCAACAAGAUGGUGAAGCAUAUCGACCAGGUUUAGUUAGAGGCGUUUCACAAUACCAAAACAAAGACAAUUUCCAAGUUGGCACCGUUGAAUUGAAUACACUUGGUCACGAUAAUGUUGAUGAGGAAAUUCGUCGCCAUGGAAAUGCCGCACAUUUUGCAAACGCAAAUGAAAGACAAAGUGCUGGACAGUCACAAAGCCAUAGUUCAGGCUCUUCAGGUUCAACGUCGUAUCAACAAAAAAGCAGCAGUAGUUUUAGCAAUGGAGGUGGCAGUAGCAGUAGCAGCCACUCAGCCGGACAACGAUCUUCUUCAGCAAACAGUUUCCAAUCCGGUAAAAAAUCAGCUUCGACAUACGCUGGAAAUUCGAAUUUAUUGAAAGAUGAAGAAUAUGAUGAUUAUGAUGCACCUCACGAAGACUAUUACGACGAGAAUGAUGACGAACAGAAUCAACAACAUCAACAAUAUUUACAAAAUCAGCAAGUUCCUCAUCAACAGCAGCAGCAACAACAACAACAUUAUCAACAACAGCAGUACAGAUCGUCCUCAAAUGGAAAUGGCGCAAAUCAAAAAUUCCAACAUUAUCAGCGUUUGCGGCGAGACCUAGGGCGAGACAUACCCGAUUUCAAUGAUAUAGAACUCAAUAAUAGAUUUACAUGUAAUCGCAGCUUAUGCGCUGUGAUUCGAUGCACAACCAGUCAAUUGGAUGCCGACAGCAGUGCAUGGAUUGCCCUUCGUAUGCGUCUUGUUACACAAACACUUAAUGUUCUCGCUCCGAAUAUAGCCUUGAAUCUUUCAACAAUGGUUAUUUCACGUGUUGCUCGAUUGCCAUAUCUUGGUGAACCGACUGAGAAACCGUUGAAAUUAUACGAAUUGAAAAUUUCCGCUGUUCCUAUUCCAGAACCAAAACCAGACAUUGUUCCAUUGUGGAUUAUUAUCCUGUCGGCAUGCAUUGGUGUGAUCAUCUUGCUAUUGCUGAUUUAUCUACUUUACAAAUGUGGCUUCUUCAAGCGUAAUCGUCCAGAUCAUUCGCAAGAGCGGCAGCCAUUGAAUAGAAAUAAUGGAUAUCACGGCGAUGAACGACUAUAAUGAAAUAUUAUUGUGUGCCGAAUUUGAAAUAAUAACCAACGAAACCCGUUAACAUUUAAGAUUCAAAAAGGGAGCCACAACUUCUCGGACAAGCUAUGAUUAGCUUGAGAGUUAAAACAUUGGAAAAAACAACUAGUCAUUUAUUUUUUUAUUUUUUUCAUUCAAAAAAAAAAA